AUGCAAGAACUAGUGCCGCACGAACCUACCGGAGAGGGAAUUUGUCAAGAUACCGAAGAAGGAUUGGAAUUCGAAUACCUAAAGAAAUUCCAGGGAAUUGAAUUCCGGGACAUGCACGACUUGAUCAACAAGGUGGACCGAUACACAUCCUUGUUGAAAGAAGAGGUGCAGAAGAGGACGGCUUCAAAAGGGACUUACUAUCGGAAUCCCGUUGUCGGCUAUGCCAAAGCAGACGGCCCCACAAAGGUCGAGAGCGACGAAGUUGAGAUGAGCUCAGCUGAAGUUAGCAUAUACAAACCAUUCGUCUGCAAAGGACUUGUCAAGGCCGACAAUAAUCGCACGAAGAUUCCCGAUGCCAAGUUCGCGACUCGAGAAACGAAGGCCUACACUUUUGAUUUGACCAUGGCCGAAGCUAUCUUUGACCUACUGUUGACCGAGAAAAAGGUCAAAUUGUCCUUCGGCCAUAAAAUUUCGAAACCCGAAGAGCUCAAAGGAAAGACGUUUUGCAAAUACCACAGUUCUUGGUCUCACAACACCAACAACUGCGUUGUUCUACGAGACGUCAUCUAG